CUUCUGUGGCGGCCCGACGAAGUUACUGACAGUCGUCUACCUAGCCACCAGAGCAGAUGGCAACACAAUUGCAGUCGUCAUGUAUCUUGUCAACGUAGCAACAAAAAAACUCGAGACUUUCUCGGCAGACAACAUUCCACCCUACGCCAUAUUGUCUCAUACUUGGGGCAACGACGACGAAGAGCUUUCUUUUCGCGAUAUCAUUGACGGACUCCUCAAGCCUGGAACACUGGGCGUCUUCAAACUCGAUGGCUGCUGUAAACAGGCCCAGCUCCACGGGCUUGGUUACGUUUGGAUCGAUACCUGUUGCAUCAACAAGUCCGACCAUGUUGAGCUGAGCGAGGCAAUCAACUCGAUGUUCAAGUGGUAUCGCGAUGCUGUGAUUUGCUACGUAUACCUUGCCGAUGCUACACCAAACACUCGCCUCUCGAACAGCCGCUGGUUUCGGCGAGGAUGGACGCUUCAAGAGCUCCUGGCACCUCAGGAGCUGAGUCUGUAUGGUUCGGAUUGGACCUUUCUCGGAUCCCGAGAAGACCUUGCAGUGUCGAUUGAGCACGCCACUGGGAUACCCGAAGGCUUCCUGUAUGGAGAUGGUGAUUUUUACCGGGCAAGCGUCGCUCAGCGAUUCUCUUGGGCAUCAAAGCGAACCACCAAGCGCAAAGAGGACAUGGCUUACUGUCUCCUUGGACUGUUUGACGUUUCGCUGCCGAUUAUCUACGGUGAUGAUCAUGCUUUCGCUCGGCUUCAACGCGAAAUCAUGCUUAAGCUGCGCGACGAUUCCAUAUUUGCCUGGGGUCUAAGCUAUGAACAUCCUACCAAGGAACAGUCACAGGACACAAUUAGGGCAUCUGCAGGGGCUCUCGCCGAGUCUCCGAAGGACUAUGAGUACUGUGGGGCUAUCGUCUCUCAUGGCUCCCACAGCUCUCCGUCAAACAAGUUCGUCAUCGAAAGCGGAUUCCUCUGUAUUACAACAACCACCUACACAGCUCAAGACGGCGGUACCUACGGGCUUUUGAAUUGUGGAACAAAAGAUCACACAAGCGAGCAUGUCGUUGGCAUCCCUCUUCAGCACAGCACCUCUGGAGACUAUUACGUUCGACCCCACAGCUACAGCGCCAGGAUAUUCCCUAAGCAAACGACGGAUUCCAGAAGCGUUAGCCAAUCGAUUCACAUUCAGAUGUUUCGGGAUCAAGAGAUAUCGAGGUUGUCGAAACCGAGCUGGUCGAUCCGACUCAGGACAUCAGGUUGUUUACUCAAGGUCCUUGAGGUAUAUCCUCCAGGGCGUUUACACAACAAACUGAUCCACGUAGACCCCGACUUUGAUUCCGCCGAUGCUGUAGACCGGACCUGGGUACGGUUACAACGACACGGUAACGAGAGUCACCUGCUACCCGACUUCAUUCUCAUAUUGACCAUCACACGACACCCUGAAGACGUACAAGGCAGACUGACUUGCGCCCUUGCAAUUUGUUCAUGUUUCACCACCUUGAAAGAGAUCGCAGACAAUGCGCAAUUGUUAUGGAAGAGCAUCUUCAUCCGAAAGCAAGCCAGCAACGUAUCUCAGCACAUCGGUGCCGCUUUGUGGCGAAGCUCCGAUUCGCUAAGUGGUCACCCAAGGAUUUCUGUUGUGAUGUCGGAGAUUGUCUCACCCCCUGAUACCACAAUCGAUUUGACUCAGCAGCUGUCGAGGGUCAGAUUGCCAGACAGGUUUCUGAGCGCCUUGGAGCACGAAGACUGCCUCAAUCAGCGCUUGGCUCGGAAAGGUAACGAGCUUGAAGCCAGAGAAAAACAGCUAAACAAAACACGCGACAUGCUGACCGAGCUCAAUAAGCAAAUUGAGAAGCUGGAAGCGUCAAAGAAGUCAUUGAAUGCCGAGGACCACAUCUCUGCAAUAGAGGUGGAGAAGUUAAAAAACGAAAAGAGCAAACUGGAAUCGAAGAGAUUCAAGGUGAGCUUGAAUCGAACAUACCUUGAAGGAUGUCUGGAUGAACACCACGGCGGGCGCAAUGAAUGGCUUCGGAAAAUCAGGCUACCCAUUGAAAAUGGGGAUGUAACAGCCGGCGAUGACUCGUUUCUUGACCAUCGGCUUGAGAAUCUGGUCAGGCUUCUGAUUUCCGUGGAAAGUUCCGCUCCUUUAACUUCAACAAAAUACAACCCACCCCAGGAUAUGACACCACUGGCUUAUGCCAUCCAAGAAGGCUGCUACGAGCUUCUGCAGCGGCUUCUUGACCAGGGCGCUGAUGUGAAUGAGAUAUAUGCGAACGGCAGGACUGCCCUCUUGGCCGCAGUAAUCUGGGAUAAAGACAUGGUGGUCCAGAAACUGCUUGAGCAUGGAGCAAUAGUUUGGCCGGCACUGCUAUGGUCGGUUCAAAACUGCGACAGAGCUGACACACUUUCACCACUCCUCAAGUUAGAAGAGACGGCUCUUGAAGUGGAUGCCGAGAGGUUUCGUAUGCUGCUGCUGCUGGCUGCGGAGCAGGGAUCGAAAGAAAUUAUUCUAGAGCUUUUGUCGUGGGGCGAGGGCAGGCACACUUUCGAUCUCAGCAGUAAGUCGAAUCAAGACGUUGUCUGGGCUGCUGCAGUCAAAAAUCACGACUCGACAGUACGGACUCUCAUCAAGCAUGAUUGCAGUCCGAAUCCGUUGAGCUGCCAGCGCUUACUUCUUCGAUCGGUCUUAGAGAAUUGCGCCAGCCUUCCCCCGGUCUUAUGGGAGAAGAAGAAGGCGGACAUACACGCCAAGUACAUGGGUGGCCGCAAUCUUCUAUGGUUGGCAGCAGACCGGGGGUACGAUUCUGUGAUUGGGUCCUUGGCGCUGAUCCAAACAGUGAUUGACCCUGGCAGUAUGGGGAGGCAGAUGACCAUCGCAGACGAUUUUGGCCAGAACGCGCUUUCCCGAGCUGCCGAGAAUGGACAUGUUAACGCUGCUGUCAGAUUGCUGCUCUGGGAAGAUCCGACUGUCAGAGAUCAUGACGGACACACAGCACUUUGGUACGCCGUAAUCAACGGACAUGCAGAUGUAUUGCAGGCCCUGAUGAAACACAAGUCCAUCAGGGAGGAUCUUUGGGAAAUGGGAAAACUGUUAUGGUGGGCAGUCGAGACGGACCAAGAGCAAAUGGUGGACGUUAUCUUGGCCAAUGACGGAGCUCUGGCCUUUCAGCAUCGCUACCAUGACCCUCAUGCGCUUCUCUGGAGUGCGCUUGGAAAAGGUACUACCAGGAUUGUGGGAAAACUCCUUGCAUACCGAGAGUUUCAGGUUCACAGUGUCGAAAUGCUCCAAUAUGCGGAGAAACACCGAUAUGAUGACCUGGUCAGGCUCUUGUCCUUGUCCAACCUACUGACAUUGGCGGUCCAAGGUCGAAUGGUUGUGGUUGAUCGGGUGAAGCCUGAGACGGGAGACAAAAAGCAAGUGAGGUUUGGGCACCACGAUGGAAUUUCCAAGUUUGAAGGAAGUAUCGUACCGGUUGAAACGUUGAGAGAAGAAGAGGAUGAGAUCUAGAGCCCCCUUCACCGGAACUUUGGGCUCUCGGAUAUGCUGUCAAGGUAUUAGGAGCCUGGUUCUGUCAUUACGCCACAAGAAUGUAUUCAUCUGAAUGACAUCUCGCACAACAGCACUCACAGACUUGACCAUGAUGGUAUUUUUCAGCUACCUACAAUAGCCAUGAGCUCAGCUAGCUCUACCCUCCCCCAUCUCAAACACGACACAACCUCCCAUUCUGCCCAGCAGGGUACCCAUCCGCCGUCGCAACCCUCCACUCCUCACUCCCCACCGUCGUCUGCGCCCAAAACAACCCCCACGGAUCCCUCUUACCCUUGAUCUUCAAUAGUUUCUUAUAAUUCACUCCGAAAAAGCUAUCCUGCCAAUUCUUCUCCGCCGGAUCCCCCUCAUUCAUAUACGACCCUGCCCCGGACGUCAACUGCUUGAACACAUCGGUGUAUUUAUAUGUGUGCUCAUCAUUCGCCUUUGCCUGAGCAGCCGUCCACCUAGCAGGGAUAACCUCCAUGAGCGCAGCAGGGAGAACAGUCUCCCUCCAGGCGGGGUGGACAGCACUGUUCUCACACCCGGGAUACCCAGCCUUUUUGCAUGUUGGGGCGUAACCCCAGCCGUGAAAGACGAGACCGCCUUCUUCAACGCCCGAGCGGAUGGCGGCGAAAGUCUUGUUCCACAGGGCGGGGUCGACGAGGUUCUUGCGAGGAAAGAGGCGGGAGCGGUAGCGGGUGUUGGCUGGGUUGGAGGAGCCCGUUCUUUGGCCGUUGCCGGCGUAGAGGGUUGGGAGGAUUUGGCCUGAUGAGGGGAGGGAGACGGGGAUGGAGAGGGCGUUGAGUUGAGUGUAUAGGGGUUGAAGGGCGGCAAUGGCUUCGGAGGCGGUGAUGUUGGGGAUGAUUUGGUUGGAGGUAAAGGCGAAGCUAUUGUUACCGAGGGGGAAGAUGUAGCUGAAGCAGUAGCCGCCAAGCUCUUGGACUUUGAGGCAGUAGUGGUAGGAGAUCUUGACGCCUUCCCAGAACUGGUCUGGUUUGUUAUUCAUGAAGUUGGUGUUGGGGGGAGGUUGGCCUGUGGCGACUCUGAUGGGGAGGGGGUAGGUGCCGUCGGUGGAGUUGCUUGGGAAGCCGAUGUUGCCGAAGUUGAGGGGGAUGGUGACGGUGUUGAUGGGAGGGUAGGCUUUGACCACGACGGAGGUGAUGACGCCCCAGGUGCCUGUUCAGUGUGUCAGCAUACAUAGGAUCUCCCAAGAAGCCAUUUCACGAAGACUUACUGCCACCACCACCCCGCAACGCAAACCACAAAUCCUCAUGGUUGAACGGAUCGACCGUCAGAAACUGUCCGUCGGCAGUAACAACAUUGAUUGACAAGACCUGGUCCGCCCCAAGCCCAUACUUGGACGUCAACGUCCCAUGCCCAGCAACAGAUACCCAACCCCCCACAGCACCAACCGUCCCCCAGCCCGGUCCAACAAGUGAGAUAUUGCUCUUGAACAUGUGGUUGAACAACUCAAAAGACUCAAUCCCAGCCCCGACAUGCGCCGCAGGACCGGUGUACUUGCCCAUCGUGAAGCUAGGCAGAUAUUCGAAGGUCUUGAGGUUAUGUACCCAAAUACUCAACGACCCAGCACCCAUUGACCGUCCACCAAAGUCAUGGCCGGUAUUUCUACGCACUUUGGUCAGCGAUAUACUACCCCAUCCUCAUCAUCACCGCAAGACCACUAACUUGAUCACCACCCUCAAGUUCUUAUUCCUCGCAAAGUUUACCGCAGCCUGCACAUCCCUCACGCUCGUCACAUUAACCACAUACUCUGGCCACCCACCCCUCUCACACUCCCCCGUGGCGUUAGCACUCAACACGCACGUGCUCCCCUGAGGCCACUCCGUCAGAGUCGUCAGCGGCUCAUCAAGCCAGAAGUGUGUCUGUCCUGCUUGGGUGACGAGCCACUGGCAACGUGUCUGGUUUUGCAGCGGGCCAGGGUAGCACGCCGCCUGUGCUGGCUCGGGUCGAAGCAGUGAGCCGUUGAGGAAGUUGCCGAACUUGGACCAUUCCGUGGCCGAAGGCCAGUCAGAUGUCCCGGGAAAGGCGCGGCAUUUGGGCUUGGAAUGGACAGGUUUGGAUACGUCGCCGAAGGAGAGGGAGGGAAAAGAGCGGAUGGAGGAGGGGGUCAGGACGGUUUUUUCGUAAGGGAAGAGGACUUUGGUUUGUUUAGCGGGUUUGGGACUGCCGGCCGCGGCGAGACCGAGGAGGGAGAAGAGGAGGGCAGCGUGCAUCAUUGGGACGUUAACCACGCGAGAACUUGGGUGCUGUGCUGCUGUCUAUGGCUGUGGAAUGGUGGGCAGUGGGAGGGCAUUUGUACGAAUUUUUGUUAUGAGAGCUAGGUACCAAGUUACGUGCAGCCAACAAACUCCAGCUGACUGCAUAUGUUGGUAGAGACAGGCAUGCAUUGGCGGCAGGAAUAUUUGAUCAGGGGAUGGGAUGUGUUGGGCUUGUCUCGGAAGACUUCCCUCGUGGCAGAAACCUCUUCAGGAAGGGGGUUGCAUUCUUGGUUGUGAUGAACUACAGAACAUAGCAUCCUUGUCCGUCACCGGAUUGGCCCUGUGCGGUUGUUGUUUUAGCCCCGGAGGUGAGAGGUUGGGGGCUAGGAUCACAAUCCAGAAUGCUCCCAGAAGGGAAACCCAGGCUGUGAUCCAGCUCCGGUGCUCUAUCCGGGGAAGCUCUGGAAAGUCUCCCAUCCUUCUGCACAUGCAGCAAGGGUACAAUUCGCAAGGAUAAUUUGUCUCUUUCC